AUGGCGUCCGCCGCGCCACCCUCUGCCGUCGCCUCCGCUGCGCGCCGACGUCGACACCGUCGAGCGCCGCCUCCGCCUCUCCUCCCCGCGGAGCGACACCUCGGCCUGGGCGGCCGGCAUCCGGCGCGCCGCCACGCCGACCUAGGGUUUCGGCGCGGAACCGGCCUUGGCCCGGGCUCAGCGGCGCACCGGCGCGGGUGGCCUGCUCGAGGAGGUGGAGUGCCACGAACACGCCGAGGAGGGUUCGGCGCCGCGGGCGUGGCCGUGCUCGCCCCGUCGUGCCCGGGCCUCACCGGCCUCGACCUCUCCAAUGGGGUCGACCUCGGGGACGCCGCCGCGACCGAGGUCGCGCGGACGAAGGGCCUACGGAGGCUCUCACUGGCAAGGUGGAAGCCGCUCUCCGACAUGGGCGUCGGGUGCGUCGCCGUCGGGUGCGCGGAGCUGAGGGAGCUCUCGCUCAAGUGGUGCCUUGGGGUCUCGGAUCUGGGGAUCCAGCUCCUGGCCCUCAAGUGCCGGAAGCUCACCAGACUGGAUCUCUCCUACACCAUGAUCACAAAGGAUAGUUUUCCUGCCAUCAUGAAGCUACCCAAUCUUCAACAGUUGACACUGGUGGGGUGUAUUGGAAUUGAUGAUGAUGCUCUUGGUAGUCUUGACAAAGAAUGCAGUAAAUCACUACAGGUGCUUGAUAUGUCUCAGUGUCAGAAUAUCACUGACGUGGGAGUUUCAUCCAUGCUGAAGUCGGUACCCAAUCUAUUGGAACUGGAUCUUUCAUACUGCUGUCCUGUUACUCCUUCUAUGGUGAGAAGCUUACAAAAGAUUCCUAAACUGCGGACCCUGAAGCUGGAAGGCUGCAAAUUCAUGACUGAUGGACUAAAAGCUAUUGGAACCUCUUGUGUUUCUUUAAGGGAGUUAAGCUUGAGCAAGUGCUCUGGAGUGACGGAUACAGAACUGUCUUUUGCUGUGUCAAGGCUAAAGAACAUGUUUUGA